AUGAGAACAAGAUUUGAUGGUGAAUUAGUAGAGCGUUAUAGAAAAGUUGAACAACAAUUGGAAAUUAUUUUGCAACCAGAGAAGAGUACCCAACAAAAUGAAUCAAAGCAAGACAUCAGAUGUGUACCAGUACCCGCUGGCACAGUUGGAUCUAUGCUAAACGACCACGGUAGAGGUGAAGAAGUGCCUGUAUAG